CUUCUGUUUUUGUGUGAACAAACGAGAUGUUAAUUAUUCGUGAGUUUUAGAGGUACAGCCACACGGAGAGUCUGCUGCUGCUGUGUUUGUCCUGUUGUUGAUGGCUGAGUCUCGGAGAGUCCAGUUGACCACGCUGUCCUGUGAUGAUGGACCUUCAUCCUCUGAGCAGCCGGCCCCGGCCCACAAACCUCCGUCAGGUGUUGAGCAGCAGAAACACACCGCAGGUUCAGACACCGACACCGUCAGACUGCUGCUCAGCUUGUUCGAGCCUGAUGACAGCAGCUUCCCGGAGUUCAGCUACACUCAGCUCGUUGACAACCAGAUCAACCACACAAAAGAUGAAAUCCCACUAAGCAGAUUUGAGGAGGAAGAAAUGAGAGAGGAGGAUGAGGUCGCUGCUAUUUCAAAGAAAUUGGAAGAAAAAUAUGGUGACAAACCGAAGGAGAAGAAGGACCGCAUUCAGGACUUGAUUGAUAUCGGAUUCGGUUAUGAUGAAGAGGAUUCUUUCAUUGACAACUCUGAGGCUUACGACGAAUUUGUGCCGGCCUCCAUCACAACCAAAUUUGGUGGAUUCUAUGUAAAUUCGGGCGUGCUGCACUUCCGCCAGGCUUCAGAGACAGAGGACCUCGCAAAAGAAAAGGAAACACUUGAGCCCUCAAAAAAACGUAAAGUUAAUGGCGUACCAGAGAAGCCAAAGAAGAAGCGCUGCAGAGAAGGUGGAGAGAUGAUGAGCAAUGUGGAGCCUAAGUCAAGCACUUUGGCUGAAACUGGACCGAAUGACGAGAUGAUGACAGUGAAGAAGAGGAAAAAGAAAAAGGCUGCUGGCACAUUGAGCGUCACCAGCAUGUUGAAGAAGUUCCAAAGAGAGAAGGAGAAGGAACAACAGAAGAUAGAGAAAGCAAAUCAGAGGAGCGCUGCACUCCUGGGUGCCAUCACAAUCCCUCUGUGCCCGGCAGACGCAGGCGGCGGUGGCGGCUCAGGAUUGACCGACCCUCUCCUCAGUUUAAUUGGCUCCACCAAUGACCACACUCUGAUCCAAGCAGCCAACGCGGUGGAUUUUGAUAUCGAUUUAGACUCUUUAUUAGAUGUCACUGAAGAGACUUCGUCACCAAAGAUGGCUCCUCAACCUGCAACAGAAGCGCAGCUUUUCGGACCUAAAACGGAUGAUCUGACCGCGUCUGACGCUGCUCCUCAAGUCCAACCUCCAAAUACAGAGACCAACCUGCAGCUGAAGCCUCAGUCAGAGCAAAUCCAGCUCCCGUCACAAACCAGCUCCACCUCAGCUCAUCAGUGUGUCCCGCUGCCAGAGGGACUUCCCCCACGACUGGAAGACAGCAUUAGAAAACUCAUGGUGGUUGCCAAGACCUCGGAGGGAGAGUCGAAACUCAAGUUCUUCACUCCAAAAAUCAACUCAAUCCUGCUAGAUAUUGAGGUGCAGUGUCGGGAACAGGGCGUCCAGUUGCGCUCCAAGGUGUACACACACCUGUCAUCUUUCCUGCCCUGCAGCAGAGACACGCUCCUCAAACGCGUAAAGAAACUGUUCCUCGCAUACAUGGAGGAGGAGCCCACUGAUGAGGAGGAUCCCAUGCAGAAACUGAAGGAGGCCAUCGGCAGAGCUAUGCCCGAGCAGAUUGCAUGUUUCAAUGAAAACUGCCAAGUGUACGAGCAAGUCAAGGCUUUAAAGGCAGCAGAGGAGGAGAAAGAAGGCAAACAGAAGGUGAAUGUUGGCCCAGAGGACAAUGUGGAGGAGAAAGGUGGGAAAAGAGGAGGAGGUCCUAAGAAGUCGUUCAAAUGGAACGAAGAGAUCAGGGAGAGCUUGUGUCAGGUGUUAAAGCUGAAAAUGGAGAGGUAUAAAAAGGAAAGUAAAGGGAGUCGGGAGAUGGAGAACCACCUGAAGACCUUGUUAGACAAUGAGAUCCAACCGCUUUGGCCAAAGGGGUGGAUGCAAUCUAGGGUGCUGAUAAGGGAGAGCAGGAAAAUGUUGAACCUUUUUACGACAUUACCAGUAAAGAGGGCCCGGCCUGAGAAGAAGCAGCCGUCCAUCAGUGGUCCUCCUGCUACGUCAGAUGGCUGCAGCGUUCUCCAGGGCCCUCCACUACCGAAAGGAUUCCCCAAAGAAGAAGAAGACGAUGUCAAUAUCGUGUGUUCAAAUAUCUGCAACUCUAUGUCGCUUGGUACUGAGAAGAAGGAAGCUGCUGCCUUGAAAAAAGCCGAGGGUAAAACAGUGGCAGUGGAUGCUGGUUCCUCUACACCUGUGAAGGUCAACGCCACAUCUGCUCCAUCUCAGUCACUCCUUGAUCUCCUUGCCGAUCAAGCGUUGGCUCGGGAGCAACCGUUCUCCAUUUCCCAGGAGCUCCUUGCAGCAGCCGUUGCAAAAUACAAACGUUCAGUUCAGCACUGGAGCUUUGGGGUGGACACCAAAAGUCCUCCUCAUCCUCCUCCGCCUCCUCAGUCCAGCCCUGUCGGGUUCCCACUGAGCGGGGUGUGUCAUGUUGUUUUGCCCCAGCUGCUGCCGGUUGGAGACUUUGCCAGGCACAUGGAUGCUGACCAUGUGCAGGUCAUCUCUGAUGAUGACAUCACUAUACAAUGACAGCAUUUACACACAAUGGGAGCAGUUUCCUUGGAGCUGCACUGGACACAUGAUGGGAUUCUAACAAACACAAACAGUUACGAUACCAACGUCAGCAGUGGAAAUGAGCUAAAAUUAAUCGGACAAAUUGUGGUACUCGGCUGAAGAUGUGCUUUCUGUCAUCUUCACUAGUGUUUAGAGGAGUAUGUCAUCCGAGAUGGGAAGUAAUUUAAGGGAUUAAUACUUGUGGUUUUUGACCCCUGAAAGGAGAAGUGGCACUUUUACCAAUGAGACGUAAACUGACAUCCCACCACUUAUCUGUUUCUGAUCAAACCUUAUGAGAAACAUAAAAAAUCCCCUGUUAUGAUGACCCGUUGACUGACUUGUAUUUGUGAAUGAUUUACUUUGAAUUAAUAAAUAAUAAUAGAGCUUA